UAUUUUCUGAUGUAGUAUAUUCUUCUAGUUCUUUUUCUCUCUUAUUAGUGGUCUGGCUGACUGAUUCUUUGUGUAUUUUGGAUUAAAUGUUUCUGUUGCAGAACUUACGGCAGACUCUGGAUGACCUGACACGAAGUGGUUAUUCAGUUUGCAUAGUUGAGGAAGUUCAGGUUCCAACUCAAGCUCGUUCUCGUAAAGGUCGUUUUAUAUCUGGGCAUGCGCAUCCUGGUAGCCCCUAUGUAUUUGGACUUGCUGGUGUUAAUCAUGAUGUUGAUUUUCCUGAGCCGAUGCAUAUAGUUGGAGUAUCCCGUUCUGCAAAAGGGUAUUGUAUCAUUUUAGUCUUGGAAACUAUGAAGACUUUUUCAUCAGAGGACGGUUUGACUGAAGAGGCUCUAGUUACCAAGCUUCGCACUGGUCGAUACCAUCAUUUAUUUCUGCAUUCAUCAUUGAAGCAAAACUCUUCAGGAACAUCUCGCUGGGGAGAAUUUGGUGAAGGAGGGUUGUUGUGGGGUGAAUGUAAUGGAAGGUACUUUGAGUGGUUUGAUGGCGAUCCUGUCACUGAAAUUCUGUUCAAGGUAAAGGAGCUCUAUGGUCUCGAUCAUGAUGUUACAUUUAGAAAUGCUACUGUUUCUUCAGACAAGAGGCCUCGUCCUUUAUACCUUGGGACAGCUACACAAAUUGGGGCUGUGCCGACAGAAGGAAUACCUUGCUUGUUGAAGUUGUUGCUCCCAUCAAGUUGCACUGGCCUACCUGUACUGUAUAUUAGAGACCUUCUUCUUAAUCCUCCAACAUAUGUUAUUGGAUCCACAAUUCAAGCAAUUUGCAGACUUAUGAGCAAUGUCACGUGUUCAAUCCCUGAUUUUACAUGUGUCUCAGCUCCAAAGGUUGUUUCCUGCUUACUUUUUUCAUCGAUUGUAGAUGAGUGUGAAUUCAUUUCGAAUAGAAUUGGGGAUAUGAUCUCUCUGGACAGUGAAAAUGAUCAAAAAAUGAAUUCCUCUCUCAUCAUACCUGGUGACUUUUUUGAGGAUAUGGAGACAUCAUGGAAGGGGCGUGUGAAAAGGAUCCAUGCAGAGGAAGAAUUUGCAGAAGUGGAGAGAGCAGCUGAGGCCUUAUCUAUUGCAGUUACUGAAGAUUUCCUCCCAAUUGUUUCAAGAAUAAAAGCUACUGCAGCCCCAUUUGGUGGACCAAAGGGAGAAAUAUUAUAUGCUAGAGAGCAUGAAGCUGUCUGGUUCAAAGGAAAACGCUUUGUACCUUCUGUGUGGGCUGGUACCCGUGGAGAAGAACAAAUCAAACAGCUUAGACCUGCUACAGAUUCGAAAGCAAGAAAGGUUGGAGAAGAAUGGUUUACGACAAAGAAGGUGGAGGAAGCACUAAUUAGGUACCAUGAAGCAGGUGCUAAAGCAAAGGCUAGAGUCUUAGAAUUGUUGAGGGGACUUUCUGCUGAGUUACAGUGUAAAAUAAAUAUCCUCGUCUUCGCUUGCAUGUUGCUCACCAUAGCAAAGGCACUAUUUGCUCAUGUGAGUGAAGGGAGAAGAAGAAAAUGGGUUUUUCCUACCCUUGUUGAGUUCAGUGAAACCAAGGAUGAAUCAUUAUCUGAUGGUGCCAAUAAAAUGGAAAUAACAGGAUUAUCACCUUAUUGGUUUGAUGUUGCACAAGGUGGUGCCAUACUUAAUACAGUGGAUAUGCAAUCAUUGUUUCUUCUAACUGGGCCUAAUGGUGGUGGUAAAUCAAGUUUGCUUCGAUCAAUUUGUGCAGCUGCAUUGCUUGGAAUAUGUGGACUGAUGGUUCCUGCUGAAUCAGCCUUAAUACCACACUUCGAUUCUGUUAUGCUGCACAUGAAAUCUUAUGAUAGUCCCGCCGAUGGAAAAAGCUCGUUUCAGAUUGAAAUGUCGGAGAUACGCUCUAUAAUCACCAGAGCUACUUCAAGGAGCCUUGUGCUUGUUGACGAAAUCUGCAGAGGAACAGAAACAGCAAAGGGGAUGUGUAUUGCUGGUAGCAUUAUUGAAUCUCUCGACAGCAUCGGUUGCCUGGGUAUUGUUUCUACCCACUUGCAUGGAAUUUUUGAUCUACCGUUGGUUAGGAAGAACACUGUGUACAAAGCAAUGGGGACAGAGAAUGUAGAUGGUUGUACAAAGCCAACAUGGAAGUUGAUUGAUGGGAUCUGUAGAGAGAGUCUUGCCUUCGAAACUGCUCUAGAGGAAGGAAUUCCUGAAAGAGUAAUCCAGAGAGCCGAAGAACUAUAUCUUUCAGUAAAUGGAAAGGAUGUAUCGGAAGUAAAAGAGUAUUCAGAAGUAGAAGAACGAAGCUCUGAUUCUGAUGCCAAUUACUCUGAAGCUUACAAUCACUUGAGUCAGAUUGGAAUAGGAACUAUCCCUUGUGUGAAGAAGACAGUAAACCCUAUUGAGAAUCUGAGGAAGGGGGUUGCAAAUGCUAUAACUGUAAUCUGUCAGCAGAAGCUGAUUGAACUCUACAAACAAAGGAAUGUGUCAGAACUUGUGGCUGUCACUUGUGUAGCUAUUGCUGCUAGGGAAUUGCCUCCUCCAUCAACAAUAGGAGCUUCAAGUGUCUACGUAUUGUUGAGACCUGACAAGAAACUGUAUGUUGGACAGACUGAUGACCUAGAGGGCCGAGUUCGUAGUCAUCGUUCAAUGGAAGGAAUGCAGAAUGUGGCGUUCCUCUAUUUUCUAGUCCCUGGAAAGAGUAUAGCCAGCCAACUAGAAACUUUGCUAAUCAACCAGCUGCCUCGUGAAGGCUUCCGACUGAGCAAUGUGGCUGAUGGAAAGCAUCGUAACUUUGGGUCAUCUAAUCUUCCCUCAGAAACUCUCAGCUUACUCCGGUGAAUUACAGGGUGGACCCUUUGUUAAUGCUAUAAAGAAAUUUUCCUGAAUCACCUUCUUCCCACAGCGGCAUGAUUGGAUAUAGUACAUUGCAAAUGCAUCAAUUUUGUGGGUAAUGUUAUCAAGUGUUGCAUCAAUUUUGGGUUAUGCAGUGAUUGCUUCACUUGCGGCAUACAUUCUUAUCAGCUGUAGAUCCUCGUUUCAAAUGUAUCUAUCAGUCAUCAUGUACGUAUGUAUUUAUAUGGAUUAGUAUGACAUUGACCAGUCUUCACUCUUCGGUCACUAAAUUCAUUUUUGUAACUUAUGAUGGAUGUAUCAUCUGUUCAAGGUAUUCUUUGUCUUAUGAAAAGAUUAAGAAAAUUCUGCGGUCAAACUCGGAAGUUGGCUUAAUGGCUA